AUGGCUACUUCUGCUUCAACCUCCACUGGGUCUCAAUCCACUUCUUGGACUUCAUUUCUUAAAUCACUUGCUACUUUUAAUGGAGAUUUAUAUUCGUUAACUGCUCCACCUUUUAUUUUAGCUCCAAUUUCAUUAAUUGAAUAUUCUCAAUAUUGGUCAGAACAUCCUGAAUUAUUAGUGGCUGCCAAUCAUUUAAAACCAGCUGAAGAUGCCGUUCAAGAUGAAAUUGAUUUAUUAACUUUACAAAGACAAUUGGCUGUUACUAAAUGGUUUAUUGCAACUUUAAGAUCUCAAUAUUGUUCAAGAAGUGAAAAUUUAGGAGGAGAAAAGAAUCCUUUAAAUCCUACUUUAGGGGAAGUUUUCGUUGGGAAAUGGGAUUCUCCUAAUGAUGAUACAAAAGUUGGUGAAACUAUACUAGUUAGUGAACAAGUUAGUCAUCAUCCUCCGAUGACGGCUUAUUCUAUUAUUAAUAAACAAAAUGAAACUUAUUUACAAGGUUAUAAUGGUAUUAGAGCUACGAUUUCUGCUACUUCUAUUAAUGUUAAACAAUUUGGUCAUGCUUUAUUAGAAUAUAAAGAUUUACAAGAAUCUUAUUUAAUAACUUUACCUCCAUUACAUAUUGAAGGAUUAAUUUCUGCUUCACCAUUUGUGGAAUUAGAAGGUACAUCUUAUAUUCAAUCAUCCAAUGGAUAUAUUACGGUUAUAGAAUAUAGUGGUAGAGGUUAUUUUAGUGGAAAAAAGAAUAGUUUUAAAGCUCGAAUUUAUAAAGAUCAAAUUUCAACUCUUAAUAAAGAAAAUGCAAUUAUUACAAUUAAUGGUCAAUGGUCUGAUAAAUCAUAUAUUUCAAGAGGUUCUACUACUCCUCAUUCUAAAAAUGGUGAUGAAUUAUUUUAUGAUGCUCAAGCUUUAGAUGCUAAUCAUGUUAUAGUUAAACCAUUAGAAGAACAACAUGAAUUAGAAUCAAGAAAGAUUUGGGAUAAAGUUGCUGAAGCAAUUAAAAAGGGAGAAUAUGAAACUAUUUAUCAACAGAAAUCAUUAAUUGAAAAUAAUCAACGUGAUUUAAGAAAGAAAGAACAAUUGGCAGGAAUUAAUUGGGAAACAAGAUGGUUUGAUUUAAAAGAUUAUGAAGAUUGGAUUGCUGAAGAUGAACAAUCUCAAAAUCCUGAUGCAUUUUUAAGUUUAACUAGUUUAUCAAAUUUAUCAAUUCAUAAUGCUCCAUCUGGAUCAUUAAAGAGUUCAAAAUAUGAUGAAGGUGAUGCAAAACAUUGGAGAUUUAAUUUAAACAAAUGGGAACAAGAAUCAGAAAUUAAAAUAUAG